AUGACCGCGGACUGGGGACGCGACAGUUUGCCUCAAGAUGAACGCGGCGUGCUCAACGGGAUCCCCUCGGUCACAGAGCCGAGCCAGUUUCCGCGGUACUUCCAAACUGAAGCAGCAGCUAUGCCCGAAGGAGGCCCUGCAUGGUUAUAUGCGGGCUGGCAGCAGCGUCCCCAUGCUGUUCUCGACAAUAUUCUUGUGGCAGCUGAUCGCAUUGCGCUAUACGACGCGCUGAGGGCCACCAGUACAGAUGUUGCUCCACAGCUUCUCAUUCUGGCAAAAUCAACAGCUCCGAUCGGGGUUGAGGCACUUCAAGCAUUAGUAUCAGAGAUUGAACUUGGGAAGGACAAGAAGAAAGGCAAAAGAGCCCUCCCGGAGGUGUCUCUAUUUGACGAUGCUGAGUGCCUGACACUUGGCACUCUCGCCUCUGCCUCCAAAAAACAAGUGUCAGCGUGGCUGCAGGUAGGAAGUACAGGACGCUACGUGGAACCAGGGCUGGGUCUUGCUCGCGGUGCUUCCGCCUCAGCCGAGGUGUAG